GGGGGCGGGGUCCUGGCCGUGAAUGGGAGCUGGGGUCCGCAUGUUGAAGUCCGGCCUUUUUUGCCCUGGGAUGCGGCGGAGUUGGACCUUGAGCCGGCAGGUUUCUGAGGCUCGGUUCCCCGGGAAGCGGUGGCUGGUGGCUGGCCUGGGGAACCCCGGAAUGCCUGGCACUCGGCACAGCGUAGGCAUGGCAGUGCUGGGGCAAAUAGCACAGCGACUGGGAGUGGCAGAGAACUGGGCUCGUGACUCGCGCUGCGCUGCUGACCUCGCCCUGGCCCCAUUCGGGGAUGCUCAGCUGGUACUGCUCCGGCCAAGGCGCCUCAUGAACGUCAACGGGCGCAGCGUAGCCAAAGCUGCGGAGCUGUUUGGGCUGAGUGCGGAGGAGAUCUACCUGGUGCAUGACGAACUGGACAAACCCUUGGGAAAGCUGGCUCUGAAGCUGGGGGGCAGCGCAAGGACUGGCCUGCACAGCCAUCCCCUGCGUUUCUCCGGAGUGCCUGACCUCACACUCUAUAAUCUCACCAAACCUCGUUCAGAUCCUCCUCAAGAAGUCCCCCUUGACAACCUCCCCACAUGAGAGUGACCAUGACGACAGCAGCUGACCCUGGGCAGACAAGUCUCAACCUUCCCUUUCAGAUGGGCGGCAUAGAUAAAAAUCCUCCAUCUUUUAGAAUGGUUUCCUCAUCUAUAAACUUGGGAAUUCGUGGACAGUUAAGACGGAUGGCGUCUGAAGUGGCGUACAGCUGCUAUCACCCAAGGUAGCCAUGGGGUCCCCAAUACCCAGGCGAGGCCGGGCCACAACCAGUGACAGCUGUGGAUUUGGGCCUUGCUGCCUUUAACGGCAACUUCUCACAGGUGUGCUGACGGGUCCCUUGGCCCCCUCACCGAGGGCGAUGUUCUCUGUGGUGAGCUGGUCCUUGGUUUCCUGGAAUUCGUGGCGCACCUGGGCCAACUGGGCCUCGAAAGCAUCCUUCUCCAUCUCCUUGGCCACUUGUAGGCUCUGCAGCUGGUCAUUCAGGUCCGUGAUCUCGUCCACCCUCUGGUUCAGUGUGCGCUUGAGGAAGGCCACGAUCUCCUUCUUGUUGUUGGCCAGCUGCUCGAACUCCUGACGGAACAGCUUCUCCUGCACAGCCAGUUCAUCCCAUUUCCGCUGAUACCUGGGGGUGUGGGGGGAGGGCAGAGAUGCAGGGUCAAGCCAGGGCAGGCCUGGCUACCAGUGCCUCUGGGCCUGCUCUCCCAGGCCAUCCUUCCGCAAAGGGCCAUCUGAAGUUUCCCAUAGUCUCAAUCUCCCAUUAUGCUUCAUGCCUGGAGGCCUUAACCUCAGCCUGUGCUCAGCACUGAGACUGUCUUUGUUUUAAAGGGGUGUGUGUGUGUGUGUGUGUGUGUGUGUGUGUGUGUGUGUAAGCCUGAGCUCAAUCUAAAGCAGAACAGCUUGGCUAGGCUGGGUAGCUGGUGGGUUUCAGAAAGCCCCUCCCAUCACGGCCAGGGUUAAAGGACACAGGACACUGCUUUUGCCUGGCUGUUUUCAAGGUUCUAGGAUCUGAGUUCUAGCCUUCCUGCUUGCUUGUCAGAACUCUACUGAGUCCUCUCCCUAGCCAGCAUUUUACAUUCCUUCUUCCAUUUUUGUUGUUUUGAGACCGGGUCUCACUAUAUAGCUUUGGCUAUCUUGGAACUCGCUGUGUAGACCAACCAAGCUGCCCCACGCCCUGUGCGCCCCCGACUCUGCCUCCUGAGUGUUGGGAUGAAAGGUGUGAACCUGUGUGGUCACCUCGUUCAGAUGUGAGUCACAUGGGGGCUGAGUCUACACUGUGCUCACAGUGGUAACAUGUUCACACCUGUUUCCGGUUUGUUUGGAAGUUUGCAUUUUCUGUGACCCCCAGUAACACAGACAAGGAAACUGAGGCUCAGAGAGAUGAAGAAACUAGAAACUGACAAGACCAGAACUUGAACCAGAACUGAGGUUCUUACCCACAAUGCCUGUCUUUACCGUCAGCCCUCUCAGCUGGCCGAGCUGUUUGCACCCUUACCUCUGCAUGUCAGGACCUAGCAGUUUGGCAAACAUUAAAUACUCAGUGUGUUAAAUCUAUUUGCCCUGAUACAUUUCAUCUGGUGUCUUAGGUCAAGGGACAUUUGUUACUUUUAUUUAUCUAUUUAUUUUAGUUCUUGGAGACAGGGUUUCUCUGUGUAGCACUGACUGGACUGGAACUCACCCUGUAGACCAGGCUGGCCUCUAACUCACAGAGAUCCACCUGCCUCUGCCUCUCAGGCGAGUGCUGGGAUUAAAGGCAUGCGCCACCACGUCUGGCUUUUAUUAUAUCUACUGUUAUUAGUAGUAUCUUGGUUUUUAAAGAUUUAUAUAUUUUAUGUAUAUGAGUACACUGCCACUCUCUUCAGACACACCAGAAAAGGACAUCAAAUCCCAUGAUAGAUGGUUGUGAGCCACCAUUUGGUUCUGGGAAUUGAACUCAGGACCUCUGAGCCAUCUCUCCAGCCGUGACAUUUGUAAAUUUUAAGAGUGAAGCAUUUGGAGAGUUGCUUUAUUUGUAAGGGUUUAUUCAUAAAUCAUUUGAAUGAGUAGUGCAUACAAGGCACUUCAGGGUCUGCGUGCCUUUGUGGGGAGGGAAGGCAGCUUGCCAUAAGAGGAGUCAAAGAUCAGGGCUGUCAUCCUGCUGCCUCUUCUCCCUGGGUGAUUUCCCUGUGUGUGUCUUUCUUGUGGGAAGGUGUACAGCAGAGACACCACAGGCCUGCCCAGGCACACACCUGCUCAGGACCAGCUGUUAUAUAUUUAUUCAUUACAGAUGUCUGGUGUAUAUGCAUAUUCACAUGUGUAUGCAUCUGUAUGGAGGCCAGAAGUUGACAUUUGUCGAGACCCCCCCCACCCCCAAUGACAUGUAAGGAUGUAGGUGCUGUGAUAAUUAUACCCAUUUUACAGAUAAGGAAAUAGAGGUCCUCCACUUUAGAUAUUGAAGCGGAGUUUCCUGGAACCCAGAGCUCACAAGUUCACCAGUCUAGCUAGCUAGCCUGCUCUACAGCAGUGGUUCUUAACCUUCCUAACACUGUAUCCUUUAAUAUCUGUACUUUCCGAUGGUCUCAGGAGUCAAGACCCACAGGUUGAGAAGCACUGCUCCAAGAGGAUCUUUUAUUUCUACGUCCCGUGCACUGGGGACCACAGGUGGGCACCACACCUACCCAUUGGUAUGAGUGCUGGGGACCAAAUUCUAGUUGUCAUGUUUGAGUGGCAGGUGUCUUAGUCACUGGGCCAUCUCCCCAGCCACUUCCUUACAGUUUUCAGUGUUACACUUUGGGACGGGGCAGGUGCUUCCUAGCUGUCAGCAAGUAAGCUUUGCUCGUUCUUUUGAGACGGAGUCUUAUCCUAUAGUCCAGGCUAGCCUGGAACUUAGAACAAACCUGAGACUAUAGGCAAGCGCCACCACGUCCAGGUUAGACACUGUAUUCUUACAAGCAUUUUUGUUGUUUCUCAUUUAUUGAUUAUGUGUGUGUAUGCAUGCAUGUAUGGGUUGCGUGCACAGCAGAGGUCAAAGGACAACCUGCAGGGGUUAGUUCUAUCCCUCUACCAUGUGGGUUCUGGUGAUGAGGGGCAGGUGCCACUGAGCAGCCCUAAAACUAGUUUUAAAGUAAGAAAAAUAAUGAACAAAUUGUGUCGCUAAUUAAAUGCCAAGAGGGUCCUUCCCUGCCACCUCUGCCACAAAGGAGCCCAACCCUAAGAGGCAAUGGCACAGGUAGGAAUAUCCUCUUCUUUAGUUCCCAUUUAGGGACCUGUAGUGGUUUAUGCUUAUAAUCUCAGCACUUGGGAGACUGAAGCAGGUGGAUCAAUGUGAGUUUAAGGCUAGCCUGGGCUAAAGAGUAAUAUCCUGUCUCUAAAACAAAACAAAGACUUAGGAAAUCAGACCCAGCCUGGAUAAACAAGACCUGGGCCUUGGCAUAAGGAAAGGAGGGAACGAGGCAUCCUCAUGGGUCACCAAGGGAAACCAUUUUCAAUUUAUUCCACCAAUCAAACUACAUUUUUAUAAUGUUUACAGUCCCAACCUGUUGGGGCAGGCCAGGGUGGGGGUGGGGUGUUACUUGGGUUUGAGGUGCUAAUGCUAAUUUAGCAUUGUGCUCCCCAAGCUCUGGGAAUCCAUUUACCUUCUCACCACUCUCAGGGUUACCUGGUUACUUGAGGAAAAUGAGGCAGGGGAGGAUAGGGCCUGGCCAGAGCCCAGAUCUAAGGCCCUUAUCUGAACUGUGUACAUCUGGUCUGGCAGCAUUAGCUUCCUUGCUGGCCACCCACCGGGCCAGCCUGUCCUCCAGGUCUUGGAUCUGUUUGUGGUAGAAUUCCUUCAGCUCCUCCACCAUGGCCAACUCUGGAGUCUUGGACCCACUGGUGUCCUUCCUGCCCCCUAUCUUCUUCUUGCUCUGAAUCUCCUUGCCUCCUUUGUUUGACUUCUUUUUUGGAGCCAUGGCUGAUGGCAGCCACUGUUUCAAGUCCCCUUUAAGAAGCCAGGUAGUUGCUAAGGAAGUUGUUUCCGUACAUAGCAACAGUGCGGCUGGGUUUUAAAGGGCUACAGUCCUCUUCCUGGCAGGGAUCCUGGGGCUGGUUUAAGCCUAGCCUUUCAGAGCAGGAUGCCAGGAUCCUGGGUACAAGUUUGGGUUCCAGGAAGACCUUUCCUUCCCUCAAGUGGAAAUAAAUUACAACCAUCAAGGACCCUAGCCUGUCCCUUUGGGGAUAAUCAGAAAUGAUCACUGAGCCAGCCCCCCCCCCCCCCAUCUCGCAGGCUAGGAAGUGCCUUCCCCUAGACCAAACUGCCAAUUCUUUAGUGGCACAACCACACGACAUUUUGUACUGGAGGCUUCUUUAAAGCUUAGUGGCAGGGGUCCAUCUGCCCAGUGCUAUCCCAGGUAGAUGGGGAGUCAGCAUACAGGUAUGGGAUGGAGACAGUAGGCACCAGGCUGGCAGGGGUUCUAGCUGGCCCCUUGAGUCUCCGGCCUUUCAGCACCAGGCCAUCUUGCCGAACACACUGGGCUUAUUUUCAGACGGUGAGUGUGUCUGCUCUUUUGGGGACCAUCAUUAUACUCAGUGAUGACUGAACACUUAGUGGGUUGUUCACUAUGAGUGGGGAUCAACUUUGAGGAUGUCACAGAAGGGAACAUCUAUCAUAUGCAGAGCACUAGAGGGGAUUCCACUCAGGUCUGCCUGAUUCUCCCAGCCACUGUAAUUCUGACUCCAUGGGAGUCAAUGCCUGUUUUAACCCCCGGAAGGACGGAGCAGCCACAGCUCAUGGCCUGCGAUCCAUGGUUACAGGGCUAGCAGUUCAUGCUUUGGCUGUGCUUGGCCUGCUUCAGUAUCUUCCUGUCUGAAGACAGGCUACGGCUUUUGGAGGAUUGGCCUGGGGCUCUCUGAGCUCUGGGACACGAAGCUAGGGCUUCUGAAGGAUAGUAGGGUACUUCUUUGCUGUUUGGUGGGAUCAGGGUGGAGAGGAAUGUCCAAAGCAUGGGCUAAGGGAUGCCAGAAAGGAAAAGAAAGAACAUAGCCCAGCAUGGCCAUGCACACCUGUAAUCUCGGCUUCUUUGAGUGGGGUGGGGACACAAGACAAGUCAGCCUGAGCGACUCAGUAAAAGUCUGUGUCAAAAUAAGAAAACAUGGGCCAGCAAUAUGGCUCCCUGGGUAAAACAAUGCCCAGAACAGUGCGAGGAGAAAAGUUGUUCCCUGCACGUGCAUCACUGUGCACACAAACACAGUGAUAACAAACAGAACAAAAGGCAAGUGAACAAAAGCCCAAAAAUCAGCACGAGGAGGUUAAAGGACCAUGUCCACAUAGAAUUCAAUCCGGGGCUGGAAAGAUGACUCAGUGUUAAAACAUGGCUGUUCUCUGCUGAGCACGCCCACUGUUGCCCUUCCCUUCUAGAAGAGGGGAUGGGGAGGGAGGAGGGGAGGCCAGCCCCUCCCAACCAGCUAUAUGCAGUUCUGCCCUAACUGCAUGUGGCUUUGGGGUCUUGGGAAGGGGCUGGCAUGUACAGGCUGGGGAAGGAUGGAGAAGGAACUCAGUCUCUGUAGCCAUCGUCGGGUCUCCAGCAACACUGGUUUGGGCUUCCCCAGGCUCCCAUUUGUAACCCUUUACUCAGGCUCUGUGAGGAAGCCCAAUAAACUCAUUGGUUGUCCGGGGGAACCUUCGGUGAAAUCAAACUUUGGUUUGUCUUUAGGACCUUAGAAAGGUGGGUAGAUGUUGCUUAGUCUGCCUCCCAACACACACACACACACCAAGGGCAAACAUUUUGGGGACAGGUGCAAGAUCUACAAAGUAACCUUGAGUUGCUACACUCCUUCCGGCAGUGAAAGUGUCAUUUUCUGUUACUAUAAUAAGAGGCCUGAGGCUGGACAGUAUAUACAGAGGUUUUGUUAGUUGACUUAAAAAAAAAAAAAAACUGUGGGCAGGGAUGUUUCCCCUGUAUUGUCCGCAUGCAGUCCCCAUGGAUGCCAGAAGAGGGAGCAGAUCCUUGGAACUGGAGUUGCGGGAGGUUGGGACUCAUCCUGUGGGCAUCGAACUCCAGGCCUCUGAAGUGCUCUUAACUGCUGAGCCAUCUUUCCAGCUCUAAUUAGGUUUCUUGUUUUUUUUUUUUUUUCAAGACCGGGUUACCCUGGCUGUCCUGUAACUAGAUCUGUACACCAGGCUGGCCUCAAACACAGAGAUCCACCUGCCUCUGCCUCCCCAGUGCUGGGACUCAAGGUGUGCACCACCACUGCCAGGCAAUGUUUGAUGUGUUUUGUGGUGCUGGGGUAAAGCCUGAGACCUUACACAUGUCGGCUAAGUGUUCUACCCGGCUUCAUAUCCCAGCUUUCCAAUUUCUCACUAAGGCUGACCUUGAACUUGCUCUGUAGCCUAGGCAGCCCUAGAACUAAAAAUCCUAUCUCCUCCUUAAACAGCUAGGGUUACAAACCUGUACCCCAGGCCUGGUUCAUUCACCUGCUUAUGGAGGUCCAGGGGCACUUCAUAGCUGAUGAUUGGAGCAUGUGGGAGAGAAGUCUGUUGUGAGGAACUGAGGCAGGAAGAGCCCGAGCCCGGCUUGGCCUCAGAACAGCAUCCAGGUAGUACCAUAGGAGUAUCACUAGCCCUGUCCUCCCCUCCCUUUCCUGGGGCACCCAGCACAUGAACGCCCAGGGACAAGCCACAUGCAGACUGCAUCAGGGAAGCAUUUAAUGAGUCCCCUGCUCUGUGAGCCAGCCUCCCGAGCAGGACUCUCCAGUUCACAGGACACCGCCAGCUUCAUUCUGGAGGGAGGUCUACACGCUCAGGUUGCGACAGGGCGCUGCAGUGCCUGUGGCAUGGGCAGUCUAGGAGGUGAGAAGAAGCUCCCUGUGUCUAGGCAGGUCCUUAUGUAUUUUUAUUUACUCAUUCAUUUGAGACAGUGUCUCACUAUGUUGUCUUGGCUAGACUUAGAACUAUUUAUGUAGACUUGACUGAACUUCAAAGAGAUCCCCCUGCCUCUGUCCCCCAAGUACUGGGACUAACGGUGGUGCCGCCAUACUCAGUGGGGCAGCAUCUUCCUGCUGCCUGAGGCUAGAGCCAAUCUCUGGCCACAGAUGGGAGACAGGUAUAGAUGCAAUGCAAGCCACAAUCCCCUGGGUCCAGAAGCCCCCAUGCCGAAGCUGUGGGGUGGCUGGCCUCCUCUAUAGUCCCCACAGUAAGACCAGCUCUGCAGUGGGCCCCGGCAGCAAGAGUGAGAGCUGACGUCUUUAUUAGACUCAAAUGCUGCAGUACAGGACGGUACAGAGCGGUACACGGUUGUGCUUCCAUACUUUAAACACUGAGAUUCAAGAGUUUCAAGUUAACAAGUUUCAAGACAGACUAGCUUUUUUUUUAAAUAUCCAUUUGAGAAAUUAUUUAUAUAAAUAACAUAAAGGAAACCCCACAUGUUCGACAAACAAGGUCCUGAAGCAAGAGCAUUGCUUGACCAGAGAGAAGGGACAAAAGAAGCUGCUACAGAAGAAACCAACCAGGGCUGCUAAGGUUCAUCCUAGGGAAAGGGUCACUGGAGAGGGGCGGGGCCUGAGAACUAAGGAGAGGAGAACUCUAGAGGCAGGAAGGGAGGAGGGCACCGGACACUGCGGCAGGCAGGCGUACACCACGUUUGUGAAGACAGCACGAGACAGUAAUACAUACAAGUCUGCGGGAGGGAGGGAGGGGCAGGGGCUGGGCUGGGGACAUUUUUGUGACUUCCACUGUCUGUUUCAUGACUACAGCAGCAGGGUGAGUGGCAUGCUCAGGGAGCUGCUGCGUCCUGAGGAUGGAGACCAUCCUUCCAGCAUCUGCUUCUGGAAUUUCUGCUUUAUAGCUAGCUAUGUUUUAUACAGUGAUGACUUUAAUACAAAGAAAAAAUGAUUGUUUUCAUACAACCACAAUGACACAUGACUGUACACUACACAAAGAUUGAUGAAGUAUCUUAAACUGAGGACACUCUGACUGAGCAGCAGGGCCCCCUCCUCAGGCCUAGCUUUGACCAGAGUGCCAAACUCACAUCUUCCAGUUCACUCCUGACCUUUGACCUCUAUCCCGGCUAUGCUCACGAGAAGGCUCGGGAAGGACUGGGCUGGUCAUACCUAACUCUGGAGGACCCAAGUCUGCUAGGCAUGCUCAUUUAGUUUGGAGGACUUAACUUGUUACAGCACUGUGGACACAGGUCAGGGAAUGCAGUGUCAUGCUCUGGAGACAACACUGGCUAGCACUCAGACUGGCUUCCUGUGGAUAUGCCAAGCCUCCACCCACAGCUGCAAAGAGGAGGCUCAUUCCACGCCAGCCUCCAGAGGUGUCUGCUCACCUCAUCUCAGUGUCUGUGCAUGAGAACGGGGUGAGCAGGGGCUAGAGAGAAAAACAUCACUUCCUCAGCAUGUCAUAUCUU